AUGCGGACUCCGCCGCUACCUUCACCUGUUGGUCCUCUUGCUUCUAUGACCUCUCCCGGCCAACACCAACACCAGCACCAGCACCAGUGCCGCCGUCUCUCCUGCUCACAGCCGGAGGACAGCCUUUACCAGCAGGAUUACCAGCAGGACGAUCUUCACCAGAGCCAGCAGUACCAGCAGCAAGAGAGCCAGGGUUCAUCAAUUCUUGUUUCUAACCUGACGCAGUCGGCACCGCGCCCGAGUCGUGAUACCAACAUCACCCCCAGACCUUUCUCAUGCCAUUCCGAGUUUGCUACCUGCGGAACCAUUAGAAACAACAGCAACGAUGCGGCAGCAUCAGAUCUCAACUUGACAGACGCUGGCCCUCAUCAAUCGUCUCGAAAUAGCAAGAAGCCAAGCGGCAUUGUCCUUGAAGAGCUACGGAAACGCAUGGGUGAGACCAUCAUGAACCAGCAGCAGCAACAUCUGCAGCAACAACAGCAGACGGCACAGCCCUAUUACGCCCAGGAAUCCGUCUCUACCGACUCUGGAUUCACUGACUCGGAUACCAACAUGACACCAAACACAUCCGAUGAAAAGGUUGCUCAAUUAACUCAGCCGUCGGCCCCUAGAUCUCCAUCCUCGCGAUCAACGCGGCCACCAACCCUGCCACAACGGUCACUAGUCACUCCUCCGUCACCGUUUGACACUCGUUCAAAUAGAGCCAUUGCCGAACAGGACGGUCAUCUCGCAUCUUCGGCAGCCAUGAACUUGAGUACAAACGCCGCCAAUACUGCAAACUCAAACGGACUAGGAUUCCACGGCCAGCAGCACCAGCCUCACCAGCCAUACCUACACUCUCCUCGGGGAAUAAAACCAAAGCGGCGGUCUAUCAGACAUCCUUACACAGCUGACACCCUCAAGAGGAUGAACGAGAUGCCAGCUGCUUCCAUAACAGCUGCUCCGGCAGACUUCUUGCCUCCUGGUACCGCACCGAUCACCGACAGCUCUCCAUAUCCGACCCCAAAUCUCUAUGAUAUCACUCUUGCUUUAAAUGCCGACCCCGGCCUUGACGGAUGGUGGUCCAAUGUGGUACCGAUUCUGAAAACCCACUACGGUGCUGAAAGGCUCACCCUUGCGGUCCCUGGCGAUGCUACUGAUCUAGAAAAUGUCCCGUGGCUACAGAAGGCUACGUACAGUAUAUAUGGAAAUGACUUGAUCCCCUCUGUCUUUUCACCACACGCUAACACCAAGGUUGAUUGUGAAAAGCCCUCCUCUAAGGCUCGCUUCAGCGAGGCUACUAAAGAGGACGGUAACACGCUCAAGUAUACCAAGUCGGUUACCGGGAAUCGUCGUCCCAAGCUAAUGGGCCGUCAUUCAUUCGCUGGCCAUGCUUCUUACUCUGCAGAGAAAUGGAACGAAGAUGCAUUAGGCACCCCUACGCCGCUGAAGGGCCGCCAUUCGCGACGGAAAAGCUCUAGUGGGGAGUUUAGGAAACCGCGCAAGCACAUGCGUGAGGAUGAAAUCAUGGCCGAUGUAUGCGACUACAACACUGUCCCAUUGAGUGGGACCUUUCAACAACUGCACCGCAACCAGUCCUGUGGACCUAGUAGCGGCGAGUUACCCGGAUCCGCGCCAGGACUCGGAGCGGGGCCUGCGUCUGGGCCACCGAGCCCGACUGCGGUUGUCUUCCCUACCGCUAGAGCGCUGGAAGUUGAGCCUGAACCAUUAAUCAAGCGGACAGGCGUGGUGAAGCUCUUUGGCCGCACUACUCCCGUUGCACUAACGAGAGAGUACGCUGAUGAUCCUAUGCAAGAUGUCUCAUCUGAUGCCAGUGCAGCAAUUCACAAGCAUAAGGACAUCAUCCAGCGUACCCCACGCUCCGAGACACCAGGAGUACCGCCGAAGGGGCCCAUACCAUCCCACCGCUCCACUCCGCUCUCUCUUAGCCUAGCUUCUGCCCAUGAACGCAGGGGUAUCCCGAAAUCCACACUCUUGGACCGCGAAUACCAUCUGAUUCCAUUCGAUCCUUCUCCUCCAUCCCAAAAGUACGAAGAGUAUGAACAAACCCCGCCUUCUCCUUGGUCACAGUCUCCUGCUCCAUCACCUGCUCCUCUUCUAAAACCAGACGUCAAUCCGUUCUUUGUCGAAACAUAUAAUGAAGUGAACGAAGAUGCAUUCGCCUCGAGCCCGCCGCCGCACGAUUAUUCAGAAACAGUGCCCUUAGAGGCCAUUGGUAUAGAUCGUGCAAAGACUGUCAUCCAUAUUCCCUUAAUCCACUCAGCCUCGUCGCGACAGGGGAGGUCGGAUACGCUCCGCUUUCCUGUCGCCGUUAUAUCCCUCCUAGCGCCCAUUAUUCCCUAUCCAGCUAAUCUCCGAAACUCCCUAGCCCUACUACUUCCUCAUCUUACGACUUCGUUUUGCCUUGCGCAGCAGUAUAGCCAGUUAGAAAAACAGAGCACUAGCCCGACCAUUGAGCGCUAUGGCCACCUCUUGGGCCUAGGAGGUACCUUUUCAGACGCUAAUAGUGAGCUUGAGCUCAUUAACGGUCUAUCGGGACAUGUAAACUACGCAAGUCCCUUGACUCAGUUGAGCGGUGGUGAUGCUGCUGGUGAAGGAUAUUUUAGAUCCAAGAGCCCGUCUUCGACCGAAAACAACAGCAGCAGCAUUGCGGCUGCUACUUCGGCAAUGGCCAAUCACAGUGUCCAGAGCACUCCGACCGAAGGACUGGCUAUCGCAAUCCCUCAGUCACAACAAAAGAAUGCAUACGAUGAAUUAACUUCGAGAGACCCAGGAUUGGUGCAUACCCCUUCGAUUGCCGAAGCUCCGGCAAAAGCAAGCCAGAAUACUCCACAAAUGCUCGCCGAAUUUUCACGUCAUUCGUCAACAGGCUCCUUCACCGCUCAAUGGCAUCGCGAGGCCCCGUCACGUCCCUUCCCAGACACAGUUGCGCAGCUGAUGCUCAACUCAAUACCAUUACACCUUUUUCUUGCAAAGCCACACACGGGCGAAGUUAUUUGGACCAAUGCGAAAUUUGAUGCGUAUCGGCGAAGUCAGCCUAUGGAACCGCGAGUUCGGGACCCCUGGCAAAACGUUCAUUCCAGCGAAUAUGAAAAGGUAUUAAAACAUUGGACCAAAGCAUUGCGUACCGGAUCACAAUUUACAGAACGCGUACGCGUCAAACGCUUCAAUGAUGAAUCUGAAUAUCGUUGGUUUAUUUUCCGAGCCAAUCCGCUCAUAUCAGGGGCGGGUGAACUUCUGUAUUGGAUCGGCUCAUUUUUGGAUGUUCAUGAACAACAUGUCGCUGAGCGAAAGGCCGCACAGGAGCGAGAAAUGUUCGCCACAGAUGUCAAGUACAGAGCGCUCGCCAAUUCAAUUCCUCAGGUUGUGUUUGAAGCUGCAGAGUAUAGCGGGCUGAUCUCGGUAAAUGAACAAUGGGAGCUCUACACCGGUCAAUCUCUCGAUGAAGCAAUGACUUUGGGCUUUGCAAAAUAUAUUCACCGUGAUGAUCUGGAGAAAUGUGGUAUCUUAUCGCCUCCACAGGUUAUUCCGGAGUCAAAUGAUAUACCGGAGUUUGCUCGUAUAAUGUCUAAUGGAAAUCUCGCCGAAACACUCCUGGAAGCUGAGAAGUGUCGAAGGAACUCAACACAGGCGUCAUCGUCGUCUUCUCCACAGCAGCAGCAAUAUGAUAAUCCGCUCAGAGUGUUCGGUAAAGGCGUCACGCCUGCUCUACAGGAACUCGUGCGACGAGAAAUUGUUACAAUCCAGCGUGAUGAGAAUGGCCGAGAUUCUUAUACUACUGAGAUCAGAUUUAGGUCCCGAAAGGGUGAUUUCCGCUGGCACUUAGUACGAUUGGUCAAAGUUGAGACACCUGACUUUGGUAGCGGCGAGGCGUCGUGGUAUGGUACAUGUACUGAUAUCAACGAUCGCAAGCUAUUAGAGCGUGAGCUCAAUACUGCCUUGCAAAAGUUAAACAGGGAGAUGGAGUCCAAGACCAAGUUCUUCAGCAAUAUGUCUCAUGAGAUUAGGACACCGCUUAAUGGGAUAUUAGGCACAAUCCCGUUUGUACUGGAUACCUUGCUUGACAACGACCAGAGGCGAAUGCUGGAUACGAUUCAAAACAGCUCGACGAACCUUCGUGAGUUAGUAGACAACAUACUUGAUGUAUCGAAGGUGGAAGCCGGGAAAAUGAACAUUGUCCGGCAGUGGUUCCACGUCCGAUCUGUACUCGAAGAUGCCAUAGAUACCAUUAGUUCUAGGGCGAUCGACAAAGGAUUGGAACUAAACUAUCUGGUUGACGCUGACGUUCCUGCGACCGUGUUGGGAGAUCGAUUCCGCAUCCGUCAGAUCUUGAUCAACCUCAUGGGCAAUGCGGUCAAGUUCACUACCCAAGGCGAGAUUUGCACGCGAUGCUCGAUCCUCAUUGAUCCCAGCAUUAAAACCCAACCUUCCGAGAUCCUGCUGAAUUUUGAAGUUGUGGAUACCGGUAAGGGAUUCAAUUCAACAGAUGCAGAACGCCUAAUGCAACGGUUCAGCCAGAUUGAAACGAACGGAUCGCAGCAGCACGCCGGUAGUGGAUUGGGGUUGUUCUUAUCAAAGCAGCUUGUAGAGAUGCACGGAGGUCGGUUGACACCUACCAGUAAGGAAGGGCGGGGAGCUAAGUUCUCGUUCUAUGUGAUGGCCGGGGCGCCGUCGCAGCAAUCCUCGGAAGAGACAGCCACGCCAUCUACGCCCGGCCAAGUAAUGGAGAUUCAAGGUGGUGAGCAACUGUCACGGCCACCUACCGCGCCAGUAUCGACAGGCGAAGAAAAGCGACUGCCCAUUGCCAAACCGAAAUCUGAGUAUUACACAUCCACUGCGGCGCCGCCAACUCUAUAUUCGCGAAUGAAGCCAGUCGAGCCCUUCGACCCAGACCAAGCGUACAACACGGUGUUAGUCUGUCCGUUUGACUAUGCUCGAGAAGCAAUCAAGCAGCACAUUGAGCAAGUUACGCCUUAUGAAGUGCAGGCCAAGAUAACCUGCCUGCUUGACAUUGAAGAUUGGAGGGACCUACGAGUCAACAACCCUGAACCUCUGACGCACAUAGUCCUUGGCCUUCCAGAACCUGAUGAGGUGAUUGAGAUAUUGUCCGCUUUUCUGAAUGUUGAUCCUAAAGGCCCUCCUCCUCCUACGAUCGCGAUAAUAGCAGACAUAUACCUUAAACGCAGCAUCUCUAACGUGUACAAGGAGCUCCUAGCUCUUGGGAGGAGUAUAUUCAUUGUGCCCAAACCUGUCAAGCCAAGCGUCUUUUCACUGAUAUUCGACCCCGGUUGCAAGCGCGAGCUGAGCAAAGACAGAAACCAAGAUAUGGCACGUGAGGUCAACAAUAGCUUCAAGAAUAUGUCCAAGAUCGUCAAGGAGGUCAUUGGCAAUAAGGGGUAUAGAGUUUUACUUGUCGAGGAUGACGAGACAAAUCGGACGGUCAUGCUAAAAUACCUCGAUAAAGUCAAGCUUGUCUCUGAAACGGCAGGGAACGGCCAAGAGUGCGUCGACAUGGUCUUCUCCAAGGAACCGGGCUAUUACUCAUUGAUUAUUUGCGAUAUCCAAAUGCCUGUUAAAAACGGGUAUGAUACCUGCAGGGAGAUCCGGUCAUGGGAAUCCCACAACCACUUCCCCCAGAUCCCAAUCAUGGCGCUCUCCGCCAAUGCGAUGGUAGAUCAGAUUGACGAUGCUGCCCACGCCGGCUUUAAUGACUACGUCACCAAGCCGAUCAAACACAAUGAGCUCGGCAAGAUGAUGAUGGAGCUGCUUGACCCUAGCUCUCCGCGUGUCCUUCUCAAAGACCGCAAAUCAUAG